AAGAAGGGAAUGCCUUAAAUUGAGCUGUGCUGUGCCACAGACCGCAGAGGUGACGGGUGGACUGCCUAUCCGGCCUCUCCGUGCUUGACGUUGAAUAAAACCGCCUUUGAUCGACCCUCCCGUGAGAAGUCUCCUGCUUGACUCGGUGUCCGGUCUCUUCCACGUAACACCCAGAUAGACGUGUGUGGACGCAGGAAAAUCCCCAGCUGGACAAAGACAUUCUCUGAUUUAAGAAGUGCUGAAGUCCCGGGAAAAACACCCGAUGGUGCAAAAAAGUUAUUCUAACUGAUAACCUGCCCUGCAUUCGUCGCAAACUGUCUUUCCUGCAAUUGAUCCAACAGUCGCUGCUCUUGACGCCAGCGUUGAGAACCUGCCAGCAUCUCUCCAAAAUCUUCUUUUAGACACAGUUUUGUCCCUGUCAACUCCCUGCGAGAGAACACCAUGCCCAAAAUAGUCCCCAAAAGCAAAGCUCCAGGAGCCGAUUUCUGCGGGGUGGAUAAAUAUUAUUACAUUGUCCGCUCCGACCUGGACUGCUACAUGAGGUCAACCAAUUUCAAUCACGGCAAUGACCUGGAAGUGUUCAGCCUGCACAAUUCUUGUCAGGGUGGAGACCACUACUUAGCCCAUGAGGACGGCCUAUUCUACAUCAUCAAAGGAGACCACUAUCGCCGCGUCAGUAACAUGAACAAGGAUGACAAUGCUGUCGUGUACAGCCUCCACCCCAACUGUCAAGGAGGGGACCAUUACCUCUCUGCCUUUGGACGCUUCUACAUUAUUUUCCAGGGCAGAGGCAUUUACCACAGGGUCACUAAUAUGAAUACAGAUGAAGAUGCAAUUGAAUAUACCCUUCACCCCGAUUGCCAGAAUGGCCUUUAUUACUGGGGCACCAAGGAUUACUACUACUUUGUAAAACCUCACGAUGAAUGGGGUAUCCAGUAUUUUAGGUGCACCGAUUUCCACCGAAACCUAGACGCUGUUACCUAUUCCUUCCAUGGGAGCGUGGUCGCCUUUAUCCCUGGAGGGCUGGCCAUUAACGAAGGUCCAGCUUUUGGUCGAUGGGAGGCGAUCAAGACCAUCUCCAACGACUCCGACAGUCCCAUUGAAUGGAACAAGAAGAUCACGAAGAAGGUGGGAUGCAAGAAGAUGAAGAUGAGCAGUGUGGAGCAGAACUGGAAAAUAAACAUGAAAGCCUCGUACGAGUCAGGAGGCCUCGCCGAAGCCAUUGCCAAGUACCAGUUCUCCCUCUCUGUCGAAUACGGAGGAAGAGCCGUCCAAACCCAGCAGGAAGACUGGAGCGAAGCCACGGAGGUGGAAGAAUCUAUUCAUGUGACCCUGCAGCCCGAAAGCCAGAUGUACAUAUGGCAGUACCGUUUGGGCUUCGGCAACGAGCCUGUCUUGUUCUGCCGGGACAUGAAGUUUACGAAUGAUUCCACUCCACCCACAAGUGUUCCUCUGCCACCUUCGAAUGAGUAAUGGAGGAAGGUCAGGACUGCCUAAAGGUUUGCUCUCUGUCAGUUGCAUUUAGUAAAAUUUGGGCUGAUAAAUUAUUAGGGAUCCGUAGAAAUCUCACAAGCUUAGGAUACACUUUAGCUGUUAGGUAAAUAGAGAAAGCCAAGCUAAACAUUAAGUUGGGGUAUGAUUUUUUUUUUAAUUAUUAUUUUGACCGUUGUCUAAUUCUUGAGUGCUUCUCGCUGUCCUGCGUAGUAUGAAGACCCAGAACCAUCACUCCUCAAGUCUGGUUUCCUUCUGAUUAGAGGCUUCCCAUUCCUUCAUGAUAUUUCCGGUAUUUACACUUAUGCAGGAAGGCAAAGUGGUGUGGUGCAGGUGUACAGUCCAGCAGGGGUCAUUUCGUAGAAAAAGAGGUGCAGGAGCUCAUUAGCAUAA